AUAUACGAAGUCCCGUUCUACGCAUAAUCUGAAUAAUAUCUUACCCAUAUUCAAGUGUGAAAGAUGGCAAACAAAAAUGCUUCUUUGAACAUAUUUUUCUUCCCAUUCCUGGCUCAUGGCCAUAUGAUACCUUGCGUUGACAUGGCCAUGGUGUUUGCUGCAAAAGGGGUGAGAGCCACCAUAAUCACCACCCCACUCAAUGCACCAACCAUCUCCAAAGCUAUACAAAAAACCCAAACUCAUCAAACCAAAGAGAUCAACAUCCAAACCAUCAACUUUCCUUCUACCACCGAGACUGGUUUACCUGAAGGAUGCGAACACGUUAACGCACUUCCAUCUCUAGCUUUACUGCAAGCUUUCCGUAACGCUACCAGGUUGCUGCAGGAGCCCUUUGAGCAACUGCUGCUUCACCACCAUCCAAAUUGUGUUGUUGCAGACAUGUUCUUCCCAUGGGCAACUGAUUCUGCUGCCAAGUUCGGAAUUCCCAGGCUCGUGUUCCAUGGGAUGAGUUUCUUCUCAUUGGGUGCUUACGAAGUAAUGAGGCUGUACGAGCCUUACAAGAACACUUCUUUGGAUUCAGAAUUAUUCGUUCUCCCUAAUUUUCCUGGUGAAAUAAAAAUGACAAGGUUGCAGGUGGGAAGUUUCUUUAGGAAAGAUGACGUGGAGGCGAAGAGAUUCUGGGAGGAAAUUCGUGAAUCAGAGGUGAGGAGCUAUGGGGUGGUUGUUAACAGCUUUUAUGAACUAGAGAAGGAUUAUGCAGAUCAAUAUGUGAAGGAAUUUGGGAGAAGAGCAUGGGGUAUAGGCCCCUUGUCACUUUGCAACAAGGAUAAGGAGCAGAAAAGAGGAAAAGAAGACGAGCAUGAAUGCUUAAAGUGGUUGGACGGGAAAGCAACUGGUUCAGUUGUUUACGUGUGUUUUGGGAGCAUGACAAAGUUUUCCGAUUCUCAGUUUCGAGAGAUUGCUUUGGGACUUGAGGCGUCAGGGAAAGAGUUCAUGUGGGUGGUGGGGAAGAGAGAAGAAAAUGAAGAAGAAUGGGUGCCGGAAGGAUUUGAGGAAAGAACGAAAGAGAAGGGAGUAAUCAUAAGAGGUUGGGCACCUCAAGCGUUGAUUCUUGAACAUGAAGCUAUUGGAGCGUUUGUGACUCAUUGUGGAUGGAAUUCAAGCUUGGAAGGUGUGGUGGCUGGGGUGCCUAUGAUCACUUGGCCUGUGGGUGCUGAACAGUUUUACAAUGAGAAGUUGGUGGUUGAGGUGCUGAAGAUUGGUGUGCCUGUUGGUGCUAGAAAAUGGAGUAACUUUGUGGGAGAUGAGGAUUGUUGCAUAAAGUGUGAUGCUGUAGAAAAAGCUGUGAAAAGGGUAUUGGCAGAGGAAGAAGCAGAGGGAAUGAGAAACAGAGCAAAACUUCUUGCUCAAAUGGCGAAACGAGCGGUGGAAGAAGGAGGCUCUUCCUACUCAAAUUUGGAUACCUUGGUUCAGGAGCUGCUCUCCCUUUCACAUUAAGGCGCAAUUCCCUUGUUCAAUUCAUAUUUGUCGCCAGAAAACCAUACUGUCCGAAAUUGUGUUAUCGUUGAUGAUUAAAAGAUUCAGUUGAA